AGGGAUGUCUGCGGGAGCCUCGAGAGGUUGUGGCAACGUCAGGGGUGGUUUCAGUGACGAGUGACACCCCUCCAUAAGAGCAAACAUUCCUGAACAUUCUACUGUGUUGCAAGUCUCUGGAAGCAAUAUUGCUUCAUAUACCCUGCUUUAUAUUGUCUCGAUCAUGGUACGAAAUCCUCAAACCCCAUGAUUCGGCAGCCAGCCAACACUCGGAGUCGACAGCAGCCACAGCCUGAAGCUUCACCUCAGGAACCAGAGGAACCUGAGGAGAUUCUGGGUUCUGAUGAUGAGGAGCAGGAGGAUCCCAACGACUACUGUAAAGGUGGCUACCACCACGUGAAAGUGGGCGACCUUUACAACGGAAAGUACCAUGUGAUCCGGAAGCUGGGCUGGGGUCACUUCUCCACCGUGUGGCUCGCCUGGGAUACUCAGAUGAAGAGGUUUGUUGCGAUGAAGGUGGUGAAGAGUGCAGAGCACUACACAGAGACGGCUGUGGAUGAGAUCAAACUCCUCAGAUCAGUCAGAAAUUCAGACCCCGAUGACCCCAAACGUGAAAUGGUGGUGCAGAUGGUGGACGAUUUCAAGAUCUCUGGAGUCAAUGGAACUCAUGUGUGUAUGGUGUUUGAGGUCCUGGGACAUCACUUACUGAAGUGGAUCAUAAAAUCCAACUACCAGGGUUUGCCUCUGCCCUGCGUGAAGAGCAUCAUCCGCCAGGUUCUCCAGGGCCUCGACUAUUUGCACACCAAGUGUCAGAUCAUCCACACCGACAUAAAACCUGAGAACAUUCUGAUGAGUGUCGAGGAGCCGUACAUCCGAAAACUCGCAGCAGAAGCCACUGAGUGGCAGCGGGCCGGAGCUCCGCCUCCCUCUGGAUCGGCAAUCAGCACGGCUCCUGCUCCCAAACAGGCUGUGAAAAUGUCCAAAAACAAGAAAAAGAAGUUAAAAAAGAAGCAGAAGCGUCAGGCCGAGCUGCUGGAGAAAUGCAUCAUGGACCUGGAGGAGAUGGAAAAGACCACAGAGACUCGAGAGGAAGAGGAAGAGCCGCGGUCUCCGAAGGGCCGAGUGUGUGCUCCUCUCAGGCAGGUGUCUCUGCAGGACCGAGGACACGAGGAAGCAGAAGGAAGCGGGAUAAAUGGAGACGUGGGGAGUCCGGGACCAGACGGGCGGACAGAGGUGAACUGUAACGGCCACAAAGACCAACACAACGGCAACACAGAGCCUGCGGACCAGCACGUCAGUCAGGAAGAGGCUUGUGCCGACUUUCCCUCCUGCUCCAAGGCCAACGGCUUGGAUCCAGCCCAAGACAAGGGACCGAACUCUGACGACGAGAACAGACAACACUCCGCUGCCCUGGAAGAGGGAGAGCUGGAGCAGGAAGGCCAUCAGGAGGAUGAUGAGGAGGAGGAGGAGGAGAAUGGGACCAGAUGCCGGUACAGGACCCAGGAGAGCCUGAGGAACGACAAGCUUACAGCAGGAUCCCUGCUGGUGAACCCCCUUGAGCCACUCAACGCAGACAAGAUCAAGGUCAAGAUUGCAGACUUGGGAAACGCCUGCUGGGUGCACAAGCACUUUACGGAGGACAUCCAGACCCGACAGUACCGGUCACUGGAGGUUCUUAUCGGUGCGGGCUACAGCACGCCCGCCGACAUCUGGAGUACGGCCUGCAUGGCCUUCGAACUCGCCACAGGAGACUACUUGUUUGAGCCACAUUCUGGAGAAGACUACUCCAGGGACGAAGACCAUCUUGCUCUCAUGAUAGAGUUGCUGGGUAAAAUCCCUCGUCACUACGCCCUGAGUGGGAAAUACUCCCAGGAAUACUUCACCAAGAGAGGUGACUUGAAGCACAUCACCAAGCUGAAGCCGUGGGGGCUGCUGGAGGUGCUGGUGGACAAGUACGAGUGGCCGCACCAAGAAGCCGAGUGCUUCGCCGACUUCCUGCUCCCCAUGUUGGAGCUGAUCCCCGAGAAACGAGCCACGGCCACCGAGUGCUUACACCACCCCUGGCUCGCCCUCUAGUGGAGCGUCCCUUCUACUGCUCCUCCCUCCCCCCUCCUACUCUUACCAGAGACUGCAACAGAUCACUUUCCAGUUCGGGCAUAUCAGCUAUUUAUUUCUCUUUUUGUUGUCUUUUUAUUUCUGUUUUUGGAUGUUGGUUAGUCGGCUCUUUCAAUGUGACAUCAGGAUCCUCACGUGGACUCUGUGCUAGUGACUCCUCCUCCUCCUCCUUCAUUUCACUCCAGCAAAUCAAAGACACGUAGCUCUUGUCGCGCUCUACGUUUUCAUGAACUUUCCUCCAACUAGUGCUGUUUUUUUAAGGUCAUAUUUUAUUAAGUACUUCACAUGUAUUUUGUAUUUUUAUUGAUUUGGGGAGUGGCACACUGGGCUGAAGUCGGUCGGGGGAUUUCUGCAGCUGCUUCCUGAGACAGACAAGAUCUCCUCACUCGGUGUACAAGUGUUUUUUCUUCAGGUCAACGAGUCUCAUUCCGACUGCUCCGACACCUUGAACUCACCGCCCUGGUGUUUUAUCGAUGGCAUUCAGACCACGUCUCACGAUUAAAUAAAAAGGUGGAAAAUAAACUGUAUAUAUCCUGUAACAAAGAGUUUGCCUUCCUGUAUAUGGCGGUCAUGUACAGUUUUUACAGAUCUUUUAUCGCAGCUAAAGUUGGCGGGCUAGUGGUGAGUUGAGCAGUGAGCGCAGGUGCAGGUGGUGAGUCCCAGAAACCAUCCUAGGAAGUGUCGCGUCGCUGUUCCCAGACUUGGUGUAGAACAGGGCCUUGAAUAAAGCAGAUGUUGGUACUGAAGUGUGGCGCUCUCUUCCUUGGU